AUGGCUUCCUUGUCCGCUCUCAGUGGCCCUACCUAUGUCACUGCGCAGACCCUCAUCCAGCAGGUGGCGUAUGCCCUGAGUGAUAAGAUCUUCUCUUACUCCCCGGAGUCGUUUGAUCUGGACGCUGCUCUUCGGGAAUGGGCUGCUCGCAAGGAAACUAACGCCAAUGGCGAGUCACCCGCCGUCAAGGCCAUGGAGACUCGUCAGGGUGCUGGUAACAUCGCCCUCGGAUACUUGUUCUCCCAGGACUUCGACCUGAAGAAGCGUCACGUCCCUCAGGGUAUUGUCGCCUCCUCCGCAACCCUUCCCUACAUGCGCUCCGCUUUGGAGCAGCUUUCGCUACUGUAUUCCGUCGCUAGCCCCGUUGCCGCUCACGUUGCCGCUGUCGACUAUGCCGAGGAGGGCCUUGUCUCCGACUAUGCGUCGGCCCUCUCCCUCGCCGAAGAGCUUGGUCUGGGUCUUGUUUCCAGUGCUUCCGUCCAUGAGGCACAGCACAUGGCCCUCCUUACCACUCUUCUGGCCUCUGUUCUUCCCUCCGUCCACAUCUACGAUGGUGUUCGCGUAGGACGGGACCACACCCGGGUCAUUGAUGUCUUGGACCAGGCGGGUCUCUCUCGCACCUACGAGUCGGUUCGCAAGACGCUGGAGGAUACCCGAAGCCGUCAUCUUGACAACCAGGGCAAGCUGUUGGAGUUGCUUCAGGCUCUGAACGGCGAGCUUGGCACCGACUACGGCCUUUUCGAGUACCACGGACACGCUGAGCCUGUUUCUGUCCUCGUUGCGUUCGGCACCGUCGAGGCUUCUCUCACGGCGCAAGUUGCCCGUUCUCUGGCUAAGGAUGGUAUUCCCGUUGGUGUGAUCAACGUGCGCGUCUAUCGCCCAUUUGUGGAGGAGGAGUUCCUCCGCGUGCUGCCCCAGUCUGUCAAGACUGUUGGCGUUCUCGGCCAGGUCGCCGACGAGCAGGCUGUUCAGGAGCAAGGCAUUCGCUCUGCUCUCUACGAGGAUGUUCUCGCGGCACUUACCUUCGCUACCGGCCGUGAACACGCGCCGACCUGUGUCGACAUCAAGUAUCCUCGCUCUCAGCGUUGGGACUUGAUCAACACUGCCGCUGCGUUCCAGCUCGUCUUCGAGAAGCCAAUUGUCCCCGCCGAUGGUCAAUCUGCUCCUCUGCAGUUGCUCGACCCCGCCUCCGUGCAGGAGUACUCCUUCUGGGAUGUGGAUAGCUCUGUCUGCGACGCUGCGGCCAUCGAGCUCUCCCAGGCUCUUGCAGCUGACUCCGCCAGCAACGUCACUACCAGCAAGGUCCAUGAUAACCUUAUCCAGGGAGGUGCGGUCCGCGUCGAUAUUCGAAAGAGCUCCAAGAUUGUUGACGCUCCUUAUGCCGUGACCGCCGCCGAUACUACUUACGUUGGCGACAUUAAGCUUCUCUCGGAGAUUGAUAUCCUAGCUUCCGUCAAGGAGAAUGGCAAGCUGAUUGUCAAUGCUCCUGCUGUCAAGGAUGACGAGCUCGAGAAGAAAUUGCCUGCGGCUUUCAAGCAGGCUGUUUCUCAGCGCGGCGUGUCUCUCUAUGUAGUGGACCCGUCGGUUGCGGAGGACUCAACCCUCUCCUCCGUCGUCCUUCAGACUGCCUUCCUCCGUGUUGCACUUCCGUCUCUGGAGAGUGUGGGCGUUAAGAAGCUCGGCUCCAUCAACGGCAAGACUGAAGCUCUGCAGAAGGUCAGCGAUGACCUGAACAAGAUGCUCCGCCAAAUUGAGAUCCCCGAGGCCUGGAAGACUCCCGAGGAGGGCGCUGAGGCUCCUCAACUCCCCAAGGAUAUCUCCCUCAACAGCUUUGUCUCGUUCGACAAGGAUGUGGCCGAACCUGCCCCUCUUCUCAAGGAUUGGCAGGCGGCUGCUAAGGGCCUUGUCUUCAAGGAGGCCUACGGAACCAAGACGGCUCUUCGUCCUGAUACUGCUGCGAAGACCUUCACUGUUCAUGUCAGCGAGAACCGCCGCUUGACCCCUGUCACUUACGAUCGCAACAUCUUCCACAUUGAGUUCGAUCUGGGUGACUCUGGUCUCAAGUACGACAUCGGCGAGGCCCUGGGUGUCCAUGCCGAGAACGACCCUCAGGAUGUUGCUGAGUUCAUCAAGUUCUAUGGCCUGAACCCUGAUGACAUCGUCGAGGUCCCCAGCCGUGAGGACCCUGCUGUUCUUGAGAACCGUACUGUUCACCAGGCUCUUGUCCAGAACAUUGACAUCUUUGGUCGCCCUCCCAAGCGCUUCUACGAAGCUCUUGCCGAGUUUGCCACCGACGAGAAGGAGAAGAAGCUUCUCCUCACCCUGGGUAGCGCUGAUGGCGCCGUCGAGUUCAAGCGUCGCUCGGAGGUUGACACCAUUAACUUCGCCGAUCUUCUGCUCGAAUUCCCCUCAGCUCGUCCCGACUUCCACGACCUGAUCCGCAUUGUCGGACCCUUGAAGCGCCGUGAAUACUCCAUCGCGUCUUGCCAGAAGGUUACUCCCAACUCCGUCGCCCUCAUGAUUGUGGCCGUCAACUGGACCGACCCCAAGGGCCGCGAACGCUAUGGUCUGGCUACUCGCUACUUGAGCCGCCUCCAGCCUGGGACUCCCGUUACUGUCAGCGUGAAGUCCAGUGUCAUGAAGCUGCCGCCCAAGCGCGAGGAGUACUGCUACGGCGAGGAAUGGGAGGCGUACCAGGAGGCUGGUGUCAUCACCGUGCUAGGCCGCGCCUUCUCUCGUGAUCAGCCCGAGAAGAUCUACAUUCAGGAUCGCAUGCGGCAGACCUUGCCCGAAAUAAUUCAGGCUUACAUCCGUGAGGAGGGUGCUUUCUACCUUUGCGGUCCUACCUGGCCCGUUCCUGACGUCACUGCCGUGCUGGAAGAGGCUAUUGCCACUGAGGCUAAGAACAACGGCAAGAAGGUGGAGACUCGCAAGGAGAUCGAGAAGCUCAAGGACGAGGAGAGAUACGUUCUUGAGGUGUACUAG